GAGUUGAAAGCGAAGGAGAAAAAGUAGUGAUCUUGUUUACUUGGAGAGUGUCUUGAGUAUUGAGAUUCACCACCGUCGCGAUUUGAAACUGGGAUUACAUAAUUUAUAUUUUUCCGGUGAAAUUGAGUAGACAAUGGAGGAAAUCAAAUCGGCGAUGGAGCAACAAAUGGAUCUCAUGGCGGAUCUGGUUCAGAAACUCUCCGGAGAGCUCCGAACUGGUUUACAACCCGCUUAUGAUAAUUUCAUUGGGUUUUUCCACGCCAUUGAUUGGAAGGAGCCUUGGAUUAUGGGAUUAAUGGGGUUUCAUGCUUUGUUGCUACUAGUGACUCUUCUUUCUCGAAGGCAUCUCAACUUUCAUAUGUUCCUUUUCUUAUUAGCAUUGGGUGGGGUAUACUUCGCAGAGAAUCUCAACCGGGAGUUGAGAAAAAACUGGAAGAGCUUCUCAACUCAAAACUACUUUGACCCGCACGGUGUCUUCUUAUCGGUUCUUUGGUCUGGACCACUUUUGGUCAUUGCAAUGAUAAUCUUGAUAAACACACUGUUUUCGCUUUGCUACCUGAUUGUAAAAUGGAAAAGAGCUGAGCUCAGGCAUCGCGCAAGGCUUGCUCGUGCCAAGGAGGAAUAGAUGAUACCAUACCUCACAUUUUUAUGUAUACUCUCACUUUGCAACAUACUGUUUUGAGGUUUUAGUAGAAGCUGCUCUAUUCUAUUCUAUGUAUUCCGUUUUUUCAAGUGAACUGUGAAUUGUAUCAAACCGAAUUAAACCAGAUUACUCAACUUCGGUUUUGUUAUGGUAAAGUUUUGAAACCAUGAAUUGAACAAUUAGUCAA